GAGAAUCUGGACGCCCUGGAGGCACUUCAGAAGGACAUGGAGAAAACUUCCAGCCGCGCGGCCAUUUUCACGUUCACCGUGCUGAAUGCGGACGACAGCUUUGCGAGACAGCUGGCGUGCCGUAAUGGCGGAGCGUGGUCCAUGCUCGGCGGCCGCGGUUGGCCGCUGAUCAACAUGGGCGCCUACUUCCAGUACAUCGCCUUCUCCAUGGAAUCCACCAAAGCCCCCUUCUUCUUCACGCCCAUCUACCAGGAUGCAGGGGGGCUCGGAAACAUGACCACCGUGGCGGCUCCCGUCUUCGUUCGUCCUUCCUGCACCAAUGGCGAGGCAGCUGGAGAGCAGCUGCUACUGGGAGUCGUUGGGAAGGACGUCACCCUGGCAGAGCUAAAGGAGUCGGGGCUGAACAGGGCGCAGGUUGAGGUCAUGAUUGACGAGAGCCUUGGGAACGCGCGCGCAUGUAACGAGGCUUACCGUUACACCGACUGCAAAAUGCAGACCCCGCUGACUUCGGCACAGCCCGGGAAAGCUGCGCGAAGCUGGGUGGUCGACUCGCCGAGCUAG